CGCAUACUGCGCGACUCUCCUCUCGUUCAUUGCAGCAAAGGAAGGAGACAUGGCAGCAAGGUUACUGCUGAGGUCUGCGGUCCGCGCAGCUACCGCCAGUCAGGCAGCACCGGCUCUGGCUCUUCGUCGACACAUGGCCACCGGAGGCAUUCCCACUGAUGAGGAGCAGGCCACCGGCAUGGAAAAGAUGGUCAUGCAGGCCAUGAAGGAGGGCACAGACCCUUACAGCAUGCUGAAGCCCAAGUCAUAUGCUGGGUCCAAACAGGACCCCCACCUGGUGCCAUCCAUCAACAACAAAAGGAUUGUGGGCUGUGUCUGUGAGGAGGACAACACAUCCAUAGUGUGGUUCUGGCUGCAUGCUGGUGAACCUCAGAGGUGCCCGGCCUGUGGUGCCCACUAUAAGCUGGUGCCCCACGAGCUGCCGCACUGAGAUUUACAGACAAAAACACACCAACCUCCUGUGUUAUCCAGAUAGCAUACCUCUUUGACAUGAAAUACAAGGGUCACAAGCCUGCGACCAGACCUUACUUUGAUAAUUCCAUUUGUCCUUGUUUACAUCUGCUUAUGUACUGUACAAGGUUACAUUGGUCCAGAACCUCCUACUAUGAAUAAAACCUAGU